UUAUUCUAAUAAAAGAAAAUUACGCUUUAGAAGAUGCAUCGAGUUGAUUUCAGACGAUGUCUGAAUUGAACAUAUGUCUGUAAAUAAAUAAUUUAAGUCUGGUUUGCAUACAUUAUAUAUAGGUGGUGAAUUUUUGAAUAAAAUCGCCUACAGUGCGAUAUAUUUGGAACAUGAACACCGCAGAGCGCAAGAACCAAAGCAGUCAGCCGCAUAAGAACAAUGAAUCCCAUUCUGAAGAGUAUGUUCUUCAUGUACAUAUGCCAAACAAGAGUUUUAAAUCAAUAGUCUUCAAUAAAGAUGAAACAGUUUUCCACAUUAUACGUAAAACUGUCGAGGAGUUUGGGAAAGAUGGACAACCACCACCCAGCAUUCAGAGAUAUGCGUGUCGAAUGUUGAACGUAAUAACCAAAGAAGUGCUAUGGUUAGCAAGAACAACGUCGAUGGACAAGGUUUUGUCUCACAUUCAGUCACCUGGUUGCUCGAAUGUUGAUUGUCCAAACAACGAUCCCAUGAAAGCUGAGCUUGCUGAAAACAAAGAUACUCAUCAAGGUCGAAGAGCUGUUAGCACAGGAGUGUGGCGUGUCGAGUUACGCGUGCGAUAUGUGCCCCAUAAAAUUCAAGAAUUAUUCGACGAAGAUAAAACGACUUGCUUCUAUUUCUUUGAUCAGGUAAAAGACGAUUAUAUUCAAUCGAAUAUAUCUGGUAUUGAUGCUGAUGUAGCAGUUCAACUAUGCUGUUUGGGUAUACGGCAUUACUUCAAGAACAUAACGUUGAAAGCGCCAGAUAAAAAACAGCAUAUUGAUUACAUUGAAAAGGAAAUUGGAUUUAAAUGUUUUAUUCCGCAAUCUGUGAUAAGCACAACAAAGCCAAAGAAUCUGAAGAAGAUGAUACAGGUCGGAUACAAAAAGGUCUACAACUAUAAUGACAUUGAAUAUUUGACAAAGUUCUUCGAUCUUCUUAAAAACUUUUUUAUAACCGAUUUCGAACAAUUUUCUGUCACCUUGAGCUCUGCCUGGAAUAUAUCUGGAAUCCUGCAUGUUGGUCCGCAUAUUGGAAUCUCUUACCAGACACACCCACAAGCAAGCUUAAGAAAUGUUGCACAAUUUAAAGAUGUGGUUGCUAUAAAAACCUGCGCUCUUCCAAAGGAAAAAUCAUCCAACGAACUCGAGUUACAAAAUUUAAAAUGCAAUUGUCAAAAGAUUAAAACGCAAAUCAAAAUAUCUGCAUCAAAUAUAACGGAAGAUUUGAUCAUAACAUGCAAUGGAGUUAAUACCGCUGAAAGUAUUGCCGAUCUUAUUGAUGGAUAUUGCAGGCUAUUAUCGAAAGACUUAGGGUUUACAGUUUGGGAACGUGAAACGAACAUUGUGAAAAGUGCAACGAAGUCACCAAACCCUGCGCAAGAUGAUCUUGAUUCGUCAUCCCCUGCUAAAACUAAACCCAUGCUUACAGAUGAUUAUGCUGAAAUUGGUUUAUUAGAAGGCGAAGGAGAUUACUCCACGCCCACAGUGCGCAAUUAUGAACUGGAUCGAUCUCAAAUAGUUCUAAGCGCAAAAAUUGGUGUGGGACAGUUUGGAGACGUCUACGUUGGCACAUAUACAGUUCCAAUAUCAGCUAAAGCUAAAAAUAAAAGACCCGAAGGUGCUCAAAAUACUAGCGAUGCCAAAUAUACUGUAAUGCAAGUUGCCGUAAAGACAUGUAAAGCAAACGAGGAUCCAGAAAAGACAGAGAAUUUUCUUGCCGAAGCAUUUGCACUGCCUAUUAAAUGGAUGUCGCCCGAGUCGAUCAACUUUCGAAGAUUCACAACAGCUAGUGACGUUUGGAUGUUUGGUGUUUGCAUUUGGGAAAUUCUUAUGCUGGGCGUCAAACCGUUUCAAGGCGUUAAGAACAGUGAUGUAAUAACGAAGCUCGAAAAUGGAGAGAGGCUACCACUGCCUCCCAACUGCCCACCCAGAUUAUACUCACUAAUGUCUCAAUGUUGGGCAUAUGAACCGCUAAAAAGACCAAAUUUCAAACGGAUAAAAGAAACUCUUGAAGAAAUAUUAUCAGAAGACGAUAUGAACUCAACGGAGACAUUGAGGCGUGAAAAUCGUCGACUUGCAGGAGUUUCUUGGAUUGGUAACGAAGACAGCGAUAUUCCACCAUUGAAGCCAUCUCGAACAGUUAAUGAUCCUGAUAUUCCUAUGUUGAAUACGUCGGAGGAGAACAAAAGUGUGGCGCAGACCUAUAUCAUUGCCCAAAAUCCAGCAGUUCUAGCCAGAUUAAUGAUGGAAAAUCAAAAGCGUGGCAUUAAUCCUGCAGCAUACACUACACCCGCUUCGACAAUUCCUAACCCAAUUGUGGAUAAGCUAUGGCAACAGCGAAAAGACAGUAACAGUGAUGGUGAAUGGCUGUAUCAGGAGGAAAUGGUGAGAAAGCGAUCUAGUCCAAUAACAUCGGGAGUUGAUACAGAUAUGGGAAAACAUCGAUCUUACCAGCCUGACAUGAUAUUUGAGGGUACAACGGGCUCUUUGGAUUCUGCCAACUCAAAGACAAGACCAAAAUUACCAAAUACCGUUUCUCUCAAGUUAAAUAACUCGCCAUCUGAUCACAUGGUAUCUCAGUCAGCAGAAGACAGCACAAAGUCAAGAAACAAUGAACAUCGUGAUUCGUUACGGCCAAUAAAUCGAGCAAAUGAUGAGAUUUACUGUGCUACAACAGCAGUUGUCAAAUCAAUUAUGGUGCUUUCGCAAGGUGUAGAAAAGGCGCAUGUCGAUGGCUACUUAAAUUUGGUUAAAAAUGUGGGAGUGGAGCUGCGAAACCUUUUGAAAUCGGUGGAUAAUAUUUCUAUACUCUUUCCGGCUCAAGCCCUAAAAGAAGUUGAAAUGGCACACAAAGUUCUCUCAAAGGACAUGCAGGAGUUGGUUUCGGCAAUGCGAUUAGCGCUUCAAUACAAUGACACUACUUUGGACAGUGAAUAUCGAAAGAGUAUGUUAUCUGCAGCACAUAUCUUGGCCAUGGAUGCGAAGAAUCUUUUUGAUGUUGUCGAUUCAAUAAGGAAUCGAUAUCAAAUUUUCGCCAUUCCCAACAGAAAAGCUUCAAGUGGAUCAUUGAGUUGUGAAACCAGUCAAUCGCCUGGCGGCAACGGUUCUGCCUCAUCAUCUCUUUCUAUUGGUGUCGAACCCUUAAAGUGCAUGGCUGACAUAAGUCUGUACGACAAUGAAAACUUACACCAAAGCUUCAACGCACAACACUUACAAACAUCUAGCUGCAGUGGCAGCAUUAUUGAUGGCAACAGUCAGGGCAGCUUACACAUAGAACAUGAAAUUAAUCAUGACGGGCGCUCCAAUGAGCCCUUGAAAAUCAUAGAAGACACAUUAAAUAAUCCAGCCGAGCAUAUGUAUUGCAACACAUCCACCGUACAUGGCCACGCAUAAAUAAUUAGCUUGCUAAUCCUAUUACUUCAUAUUAAUAUAUCUUGAAUCUUAAGUCUACAGAUAGUAUAUGCUAACAUUCUGUGUAUAUAAGAAACCAAAAUACGUAUGUACAUAUGUUUUUUUCACAAAAGCGGAAUUCAUCUCAAGAACUCAUAACACACAUAACAUUAAUAACAUAAAUAUUGCAUGUUCAUAAAAAUAUGACGAACACUCAACGUCGGCCGGCCGCAAUGGAAUGCAUUAUUAAAUCGUCAAGUAGUCAAAAAUACAUUAAGGUACUAAAUAUGUUUAUGUAACUCAAAAAAUAUUAAUAAAUAAACACGAAAAACAUUCGACUAAACGAUA